AUGCCAAGGCAUAGUAAAAAUAAUACAGCAAAUCCUAUUUUUACAUAUCACGAAAGAAAAAAAGUUAAAGAUGUGGGAACUUUAAAAGAGCGAUUAGGAAAGGACUCAAUGAGAAAAUUUGAGCAAUGCUGGAUAUGUUUAAGAAAUGCUGAAUAUCCAGUAAGCACACCAUAUGGUCAUAUAUUUUGUAAGAUGUGUAUAAUUAAUAAUUUAUUAAAGCAAAAAAAAGAAUAUUCUCGAAAGAAAAAAGAAUAUAAUGAUUAUAUUAAAGAAUUGAAAAAAAAAAAAAAGGAUGAAGCUAAUUAUGAAAAAGAGAAAGAAAAAAAAAAAUUUAUAGAAGAUUUAGAAAGUAUAAACAAUAAUGAAAAAGAUAAGAACGAAGAAAAGAAAAAUCUUUUGGAUAUAUCAAAUAAUUUUUGGCUCUCCAAUAAUUCAAAAGUAAAAAAAGAUAUUAUUCAGAAAAAAUUAAAACCCCCUUUAAAAAAUUUAAUUUGCCCAAUUAGUAGAAAACCUCUAAAAAUGAACGAUUUAAUAACUAUUAAUCCAGAAGUUCCAAAUAAAAAUGAAUCAACAAAAGAGAAUUGGAUUUGCUCAUUUUCUAAAAAAAGCAUCGAUCAUCACAAAGCUGUUUUGAUAAAAAAAACAGGACAAAUUAUUUUAAAAUCAUUUUUUGAAAGUUAUAUUUAUAAUAAAAAAAAUUCAUGGGAAUUUUCUGUGGGAGAAGGUGAUUUUAUUGACUUACAACCAGGAGGAACUGCUUUUUGUUCUCAUAGUAACGUUGAAAAGACAUUAUACAGAGAACCAUUACUUUAA